AUGCUGGACGAAAGGCAAAGAAAUCUACAGAGGUACGCCUUGCAUCUGGAAAAGAAGGACCUCCUUCUUAAAGGGAAAAAGAAAAAAAACGAUCUGAAGAACAUUUUAUAUUUCCCCUCCCUGUUUUGGUUCAAUGGGCAGUUUUGUCCCCCCAUUCCGUAUUUCACCUUUGACCGGGAUGAGGGCGGGAUAGAAGUAGUGGAGACAGGAAAUCUGGGGAAUACCUCCCCGGGGGAAGGAAAAAACUCCCCAUUUAGAGUUCAUGUGGCUGAUUUCCUAACCUGUGGAGUGCACAAAAACAGUGUCAUUGUAAAGAGAGUUGUAAAAAAUGAGGUCUUGAGUGUAAGUAUGUUUAGCGACAUGAAGGUUGUGUCGUGCGUUUUUUAUGUGAACAUUGAGUAUGUGCUGGGUUUGGGUCCCUUCUUUGGCACGACGACGAAUCCGUUUUUUUUCUGUUUAUCUUUGGCUACUUCGGGCAGGGAGGGUCACCAAACGGGGGAGACCCGGCGAGAAACCAAGCGAGGGGCCCCUCAAGCGGAUAAUGAAGCACCCCAUCAGGUGGCAAAACGGAGGAAGUGCCCAGACGGGGGGGAAAAAAUCGGAUCGUCAGCCCCCCUCCGGGCGGAAAGCCCCUUCCUCAUCUGCGACAUGCGCAACGCCCUGGACACGGUCCCUCGAGAGCUCCUCCUCUACAACGAAAAGAAAGAAAUACACUUCUUCGAUUAUGUGACAAACAGAUCUCGAUUAAUCACACGAGAAAGGAUACAAGUGACGGCAAUGCAGUUUAGCUUUCUUCACAUAAGUGAGCACAACAGUCUUUACAACAAGAUGGGGACAGACGUCUACGAGGGGGGCAUAAAGAUUGUAGACCUAGACCAAGUGGGGCAGAAGCUUUGGCGCAAGAAUAGGUACUGCUUCGAGGUUCUGCAGGGUUGGCUCAGCGGGGCCAGGGAUGGAAAUAAUCAGCCAAACGAAGAGGAAGCAGGUGAAAGGGGAAAAGUAUAUCAGAGAGCCCCGUGCGGGCAGUGCCGCAUGGACAAAAUCCUGCGGCGGAUGUUCUACGUGCUGAUCUAUGGAGACAGCGAAGGAAACAUUUACUUCCUAAUCCCGGAGAAGGAAGUAAAAAUAAAAAAAAAUUUCAGAAAAGGGGAAAAAAUACACCUCAUAGAGACCAACGUGAAGGCCUACUUCAACACAAAAGGUGACAGCCGUAUAGCCACUGUGUUGAGAAACAAUGUGCACAUCUUUUUAGCGUAUAGGGACUGCAUCUUGGUUUUUAAUUUCCCUUUGUAUCAGCCUCUCCUUCUGGUGAAUGUGGCCGAUGAGGUGAUCUUCUCCCUCAGUGCCUGUCUUAACGACCACGGCGAGGUGUACUUUGCCUUCUCCACGCAGAGGUGCGUCAGAAUUGGGGAGCUCUCCCGUGGAGGCGAGCUGCUCCGUGUAGAGGUGGACACUACCCAAGGGAGCGGCACUCAAGGGAGUGCCACCCAAGUGGAUAACACGAGAGGACACCCCGCCGAAGCGAGCACCGCACACGUGGAUAACACGAAAGGACACCCCACUCAACGGGGCGCCAGUCAAGUUCAGCACAGCGGGAACAACCCACACAACUCGAAGCAGCAGAAGACCCACACCUGCGUCUGCUUCGGAAGGGACAACGAUCUCUACAUAACCAGCGGGGAUAAGGGGAUCAUCCACAGAUAUAAUUUGAAGCAGAAGCAGAUCACCCAUAAAUAUGACCCCCGAUGUAAGAGGAUCUUCCAUCUCGCCAUGUGCACACUGAAUGGAGAAGACUACGCAUACGUCUACGACGCGGAGAAGUUCCUCUGCCUCUUCCAACUGACCAGGCAAAAAAACGUAUACAAAAUUUUUACCCUUUCUGUGUGGGUCUAUCAGAUUCUUUGUUUUCGAUCCAACGUCAUUUUUUCCCUUGGAAAUGAAAACGUGUACAAUUUGGAGGUCAAAAAUGAAGGGGACAAGGGGAGCGGCAGCACCGACAGAAGCAACAACCGCAACAUGUUCCUGACAAAGCCGUUCUACUCCGAUCGCAUGAGCGUCUGCACCUAUCUGAUAAAUCACCCGAACCUACCACUCGUAGCCUUUGUAAACAAGAAACUCCAGUUUGGUGUUUUCUCCCUGGUGGACGCUCAAAGGAGAAGUGUCCUUGUACCGCCUAUACGAGAAAAUCAGAAUGUCUUUUCUCUGUGUUGGUUUAGUACAAGGAGGCAAUUGGAGGUGGUCGAUUUUGAUGGGGUAGGUUCCGACCUUACCGCUGCGGAUCCGCUCACGCUUAAUCAGUUUACAGAUGAAUGGAGAGGGGGAGGAGUUACCCCUCAUUGUGGUGAGUAUCUCGUUCCCCCUUUGGCCACAAACCUCGAGGGAAUAACGCAAAAUAGAGGAGCGAAAAAUAAAAGAAAGGACGACAAUACCCGGAUCAACACACACAUAGCACAGUUACUACAGAGCAGCCCUUACGAUACACACCUGGUAGUGCUGAAUGGAGAGACGCUGUUCCUUUACAGCGUCCUCACCAGCCAAGUGACAGACUUAAAGGAUUAUUUGAAAAAGGCAAUGCCCCAAUUUUGUGGAAAAAAAAAUUUACUCAAAUCGACUAUUUAUCGAAAAGUAUGCUACGUUUUUAUCUUCUCAGAAAAAAAUAUGUUUUUUAUCUUUGACCAGUAUUUCACGUUCUCUUUGCGAACCAUAAAUGUAGAUGAUCGCAUUGUCCGCUUCUACCUGCGCGACGGGUACCUCUUUAUUCACUCCAACACGUCUGUUUAUUUUACGUGCCUGCGGAAUGCGCUUUCCCUCUUUCCUGAAUUUGUCCAAGGGGGGGAUGAGCAAAGUCAAAAUUUACAGUUCACGAAGGUGGACACGGCAGAAACGUUUAAGAUAGCUCUUUUCGAUUUUCUCUGCGUGGGGGAAGAGACGUACCUGGCUGUUUUUACCAAGCGGAAGGAGAUUCUUGUGUAUAGGAUGCGCACGGGGGGGGUGCAGAACGAACGGGUCGGCAUGGAAGACGGCACCGCAAACGAAACUGCAAAUAGAACCGCAAAUGGAACCGCAAAUGACACCCCAAACGGAACCCCAAACAGCACAAGUGAGGAAGCCCACCUCGUCGCUCAGUUCCUCAGCUUCUACCAAUUCGAACACUUAAACAAAGUUGGCAGCAUCCUGAGCAUGAAAUUUUUUUACUCCUCCGUCAAGCGGCGGACGUAUUUGAUUUUCGGAGGGCUCGAGCAGUUUCUCUUCUUCUGGGACUUUGCGAAGUAUCCCCUCGUGCGGCGGGGAGGGGGCGACAUAAGGGAAGUCAGCGGCGUGAGGGAAGCGGCGUGA